AUGGGAAGUGCUGUAGCUUUCCCCCUCCGAGCUUUGGGCCUCGGGGUUGUUCCGUGGGUCGCAGCGGCGAAGUGCAACGCUCUCCUCGCCAUCUCCCCUUCGUUCCUGCAGAAGGAGCUGGAGGUCGCCCUGCAAGCUCGCCGCAGGGAGCUGGAGGACUUGUCGCAGAGGAAGCGCGCGGUGCAGGAGAACAUCUGCGGCCUGACGAAGGUGUCUGGGGAGCUGCACUGCAAGAUCCGAGCAGAGUUCAUGCGGCUUCAUCAGAUCCUGGAGGAAGAGGAGAGGGCUGUGUUGACAGCGCUGGGCAAAGAGGAAGAGCAGUUGCAGACAAGGCUGCACGGGGAUGUCCGGCGGCUGGAGGAAGGAAUCUUGGCGCUCCAGAGGGACGUAGAGCACAUGGAGCAAACGCUGAGCAAAAUGGAGGAGGUGUCAUUGCAGGAGGUGGAGAGCCUGGAUAUCAGGCCCUCGGUGAGCGUCGAGACGCAGCCUGCCCUGAACCUGGAGCACUACCGGGACAGGCACGGUGGGCCCUUGCAGUACAUCUUCUGGAGACGCAUGCUGCGCUCCAUCCGCCCCGUUCCCGACACUCUCACGUUCGACCCCGAAUCUGCCCACCCCAACCUGGUCUUCUCCAGAGACUUCACGGCGGUGACGGAGAGGGAAGGAGCGCGGCUGGUGCCCUACAGCCCGCGGCGCUUCCAGCGCUGCGUGAACGUGCUGGGCUCGCGGGCGUUCGACAGCGGCCAGCACUACUGGGAGGUGUGGGUGGGCAGCAAGACCAAGUGGGACGUGGGGGUGGCUGCGGAGGCCGUGGACCGGGCGGCCCGGGUCAAGCUGUGCCCGGAGAACGGCUACUGGACGCUCCGCCUGAGGAACCAGACGGAGUAUUGGGCCACGGCCACCCCCUGGGUGCGCCUGGCCCCGCGGCGGCCCCUCCGCAAGGUGGGCGUCUUCCUGGACUGCCACGAGGGCACCGUGGCCUUCUUCGACGCCGGGGACAUGUCCCACCUCUUCACCUUCCGGCAGGUGUCCGCAGAGCGGUACUGCCCCUUCUUCAGCACCUGCUUCAGCGACGGGGAGGCCAACAGGGAGCCCAUGCGCAUCUGCCACCUGGCCCUGUGAGGCAGGGGGACACGGGGGA